UGUUUUUCGACUAAACUAUUGAUGCUCACCCCUAUUAACAUCAUCAUUCACAUUCAUCCUUAUGUCAGUCUCUCUGUCUCAGUGUCAAGCGGAUAUUGGUGUUCUGUGCUCAGUGUCAGUGUCGUUUAAGAAAAAAUCUUAAUUUUUUAAUUAAAACUUUAUAUUUUGAUAAGUCAGUUCUAAUAAAAUAUUUACAUUUUAGCGUAGACAGAAAUAUCCAAAAUUAUAUUUAAUUUGUUUCUGUAGAAGACGAUAUAUAUAUAAUUCGGCAGAUAUUUAGGUUUUGUGUUCAACUUAAAAUGAUAAUUACGGACAGUAUGGAUGGCAUUGGUAAUCUAGAAGAACAGGCAUUAAAAAGGAAAGAAAGGUUAAAAAAUCUCAAGAGAAAAUUACCAGGAGAUAAUAGCGCUACAAAUGAUAUAAACACUUCGAAUGAAGUAGCGAUACCUCUUCCAAAACCUAAGUUCCGUAGCUACAAACCUCAAGAUGAAACUUUGCAAGAAUCUAAACUUGAAGAUGCAGAACCUACUGCUGUUGAAGAUGAAGUGAAAGACUUACUUGAAGCUGGCAAAGAAAAGGUAGUUUUACAAGACUUGGAUAUAUCAAGUUUAGCACCCAGGAAACCAGAUUGGGAUCUCAAAAGGGAUGUUGCUAAGAAACUUGAAAAACUUGAAAGAAGAACACAAAAAGCUAUAGCAGAACUUAUAUGGGAGAGAUUGAAACAAGGAACGGAAGAUAAUUUAGGAGCUGUCCUCACAAUGACUGAUAAUAGACCAAUAGAAGAAGACUGACAAUAGAAAUAAUCUUACUAGAAUGGGAGUAAGUUUGAUCCGAAGGUGUCGUUAUCUCCCCAAUGGAAGUGCAUCUGGCUGAACACGUAGUCACCGUCGAGAGGUCCUCCGCGCACUCUCGGGUGAGGUUCGUUCUGUACCUCGAUCAGUACUUCACCAGCAACAUACAACGACCAAUUAAAAAAAGUUACUUAACAUACAUUAUUACAAUGACUGAGGCAUAUUCCGUUUCAAUUUAUUAUAAGUUUUUAUUAAAUUGAUGAAGGUAU